UUUUUUUUUUAAAAAGGCUGGAGUUUUAGUUGUUUACGGGAACUGCAGGAUUUAAAAGGGUUUUUUAAAACUGGGUUGGAAUAUCGUGCCUUGCUUUUUGCUCCCUUUUAUUUUGUUAGCUGCCUUUUAAAGCCGUUGUGUGAAGUGACUGAGAGCAAAGAGUGUUCCUAGAGCGGAGAUAAGGGACGGUGCCGGGCAAUGUCGCUGUUUGAGGGUGGUGGAAAAUAGGAGCUUUUGCAGCGAGGCGCUUGGAUGCGUUACCUCUGUGCAGCACCGCGUGGGGCAUGUGGAAACGGGAGCUUCUCUGGAAAUCGGGUGCGCGGGUAGUGUUGGGGAGGGACGGGCGCUCUGACCGGUGCCACUUUGUAAGGUUAGUGUGCAGUUUAGGGAACAAACAUUUAAAUUAAAAAAGAAAUCAUGCUCUCAACAGGUCCUUUGGCGUUGCUUUCUGGUUCGUUUCCAUGCAGACAAAUACACGGUGACAAAAAUUUUGCGAUGUGGGUUGUUCUUUUCCUGCAGUCGUUUUCCGCUCCUGCAGUGCAGCUUUCUCAUUUGCCUGCAACUGGGAGUAUUGGGCUAUAUUGUAAAGAUUUCCGGACGGUAAAAGAGGAGAACCUCAGGCGAGACGAACCGUCAGAGCAGGAGUUACCGAUGCUUUUGAGAAGGAGCUCUGUCUCUUCCAAAAUUUUUCCUGCUGUCGAAAUCCCAGUCAGUACUUUAUUAGGGAUAAAAGAAUAUCCUUUGGGACGUUUUUUCACUUUCCCAAAGAAAUAUUUCCCAAAAUUCUUGGGACAGGAAUAACGUGAAUUAUCUCCUCGUGCUUUAUCUAACCAUUCCCUUCCUCUUGCUUAAAAACCAGCUGCGAGUGCGCGAAGCUGGUAUCUAGCUGAAUAUCCCAUACGUUGUGUUGGUGUCACUGCUUUUGUGUAACUUCUGGCCUUUUUUUAACGCUUUCCUGUGAGAUCUGGUGUGAGAAGAAAACAAGGCUCUUCCUGGCUCGCUUAUGGAAUGAACCAGAUUCCCGUUUGCAGAAAUUCUUGCCGUUAGCGUGUGUGCCGGGCAGAGCAGAGCCGGGGUUUGGGAUCACAAGCAAACUCUGGGCGGCUCGCAUUCAGACACAACUUAGAGCGGAGCGAGUGCCUAAGCGAGAGCUUUUUCAUGGUGAAAGGCGCAGCCCUUUUCUUACAACAAGGAAACAGCUCCCAGGGCCAGCGAAGUCUCCAGCAUCCUCACAAACAUGCAGGUGAUUUGCCCCAGCACCUCCAGGUGAUGAUCAACCUCCUUCGCUGUGAGGACAGGAUAAAACUGGCUGUCCGUUUGGAAAGUGUGUGGACAGACCGAGUCCGGUACAUGGUGGUUGUAUACAGCAGCGGACGACAGGACACGGAAGAGAAUAUUCUGCUGGGUGUGGAUUUCUCCAGCAAGGAGAGUAAAAGCUGCACUAUAGGAAUGGUUCUUCGUCUGUGGAGUGACACUAAAAUUCAUCUUGAUGGUGAUGGUGGCUUCAGUGUGAGCACUGCAGGGAGAAUGCACAUCUUCAAGCCAGUGUCGGUGCAAGCCAUGUGGUCUGCUUUACAGAUCCUCCAUAAAGCCUGUGAAGUUGCAAGAAGGUACAACUAUUUCCCAGGUGGGAUGGCCUUGGUCUGGGCCACAUACUAUGAAAGCUGCAUCAGCUCUGACCAGAGCUGCAUCAAUGAGUGGAACGCCAUGCAGGACCUGGAGUCCACCCGCCCCGACUCUCCAGCCCUGUUUGUUGACAAGCCAACUGAAAGGGAACGAACAGAACGGCUCAUUAAAGCCAAACUCCGGAGCAUCAUGAUGAGCAAAGACCUGGAAAAUGUGACUUCUAAGGAGAUACGAAAUGAGCUGGAGAAGCACAUGAAUUGCAACUUGAAAGAAUUCAAGGAAUUUAUAGACAAUGAAAUGCUGCUUAUCCUGGGUCAGAUGGACAAACCGUCUCUGAUUUUUGAUCACUUGUAUCUGGGGUCCGAGUGGAACGCCUCCAACCUCGAGGAGCUGCAGGGCUCGGGCAUCGACUACAUUUUGAACGUGACCAGGGAAAUUGAUAAUUUUUUCCCUGGUUUGUUCGCGUAUCACAAUAUCCGAGUGUACGACGAGGAGACAACAGACCUCCUGGCUCACUGGAACGAGGCGUACCACUUUAUAAAUAAGGCCAAGAAGAAUCACUCCAAGUGCCUGGUGCACUGCAAAAUGGGCGUGAGCCGGUCAGCAUCUACUGUUAUAGCUUAUGCAAUGAAGGAAUUUGGCUGGUCACUGGAAAAGGCUUAUAAUUAUGUGAAACAAAAACGCAGCAUUGCAAGACCAAACGCAGGCUUCAUGAGACAGCUUUUGGAAUACGAAGGCAUUUUAGAUGCGAGCAAGCAGCGCCACAAUAAGCUGUGGAAGCAGCAGGCAGAGAGCAACCUACCCCAGAACACAGACGGCACCACAGGGUCGGGCGAUUUCUUACUCGAGAGCUUAGACAUCGAUCUAGAAAACCGCCUGGCUGACCUGGACACACCUUCGCAGUCAGCGUACCUGGACAACCGCGCCGGCACAGAAAUGUCUGUGGGGUUUAAUUAUUGCUUCCAUCGCCUCUCGGACACGCUGCUGGAGAACAAGAUCCCUGGUGACAGGGAGGGCUUUUUCCACGUGGACGAGCUGGAGCGGGACGCGCUUGCGGAACGCACCGCCUCGCUGGUGGGACAGCCUCCGACUGUGCCUCCGGAGGGGAGGCUGGUGCAGACGGCGAAAGCCCUGGAGACAGCGGAGCCGCUGGCAGAGCUGAGCAGUUUCACUGAGAAGGAGGUGAAGAAGAAAGCGGACUUCAGCCCCCGUAAGGGAAGGGUAGUGCUGGGCCCCGGGGAUCCAGGGGAGGACAGUGUCAGGGAGGAAAAUCCAAUGGAGAAGUGGAAGCGGCGUUUGUCCAUGCACAAGGAAGAGAGCAGGCUUAAUAGAGAGAACUUGAAUAACAACAACAGCAAAAGGAGUUGCCCAGAGGAUUUUGAGCACGAUGCCGUAUUUGGGAUCCUCAGUAAAGUCAAGCCUUCCUAUCAGUCUUGCACUGACUGCAUGUAUUCCUCGGCCAGUUUGUCUCCCGACUCCUUUGGGGAGCAGUGUGAAAAGCUGAACCCCGGCACCACGCGUCGCAGCACCACCAUCUGCACGCAGCCAGCCCUCCUCUCCCACAUCAAUUCCAACUUGGCGGACCACCUGCCCAGCAAGGCACACUCCGAGGAAGCAAUCAGAACUAAAAAUAAUGAGGCUUCGCUUCCUCUGUCGGCAGGAACUGGUACUUUGGAGGCUGGCGCUUGCAAAUCACUUGAUCAACACUGCAGCAUUUUGGAGAAAGGAAAAGAUGCACCAAAAACCCCAGUCAAAACUCUGCUGCCCAGGAGAAACUCGCACUGUGACAAGAGCCUCCUUAACGCAGAACUGGUAAAAGAAGAAUCUCUGGCCAGAAAAGAUAGCAAACCUACCAAGGAUCUGAAGUACUUGUUCAGCAAAGACUUGGAAAAGCCAAGUGCAAAUAGUUACUUGAUGCAGCAUCAGGAGUCUCUUAUUCAGCUGCAGAAGGCAGGCUUGGUUAGGAAACACACCAAAGAGCUGGAGCGGUUGAAAAGCCUGCCCUCGGACGCCUCGUCGCUGCUCAGAGAGAGCCCCCUGAGCAGAGUCGACUCUGGCGUCGUGGAGGAAAGCGAGGGUCUGAUUUCACAUCACAGCCUCGUACCUCUUCUGGGACCCACGCCGUUGAUACCCAAAGAAGAAAACGACGUGGAGAAGUUAGAGGUGAAACGCGUCUUGGAGGGGAUCUCUCAGAAAACCUCCAUGCCUGUCAUGUGUCGGUUGGAGCACACGAGUAGUUUCACCAAGGACUUUCUGAAGACCAUCUGCUACACCCCCUCCUCCUCCCGGAGCUCCAACCUGACGCGCAGCUCCAGCAGCGACAGCAUCCACAGCGUGCGGGGCAAGCCCGGCCUGGUGAAGCAGCGAACUCAGGAAAUUGAGACCAGGCUGAGACUGGCCGGCUUGACUGUGUCUUCUCCUCUGAAAAGGUCCAAUUCUCUCGCCAAGCUGGGAUGUCUUAACUUGUCCUCUGAGGACUUAUCAAGUGACAUGGAUGUGUCAACUAUAACGGACUCAAAAGAGGCCGUUUCAAGUGAGUCUUCUGUGCUCUGUGAGCCACAAUCCACGCUGAGGAGUGCAGACGUCACCUCCAAACUGGCAGCGAAGCCAGCGGUCGGAAACUUGAAGAACACGCUUUGGAUGGGCAAAAGUUGAUGCCUUCUGCAGGGGCAGGGGUGGAUUUUGGGGGUUUUAUGGCAUUUAUUCAUUGCACCGGUGCAGUUUUAUCAUCUGACUUGCAGUAGUUCAUCUGAUGCCACCUCGUCUUCCCCUCCUUGUGCUCCGAGUAGGGAGAACAAAACCAUAAUGGGUCAUGAUGAAUGGCACAAGGGAAAAUAAAAUGUAUUGCAUGGCUUAGAAGAGGACUUUGUGUGUGAAUUGCCUGUUGUCCUGCAGGAUGCUAUUUCUAGUGCUGUUUGCCAAGUAUAAUAAUGUGGUUUUGUGUGUGUGUGUAUAUAUAGAUAGAUAUUUGUGUCUGUUUAUCUAUCUAUAUAUAUAUAAUGCUGAAAUAUUCUGUUUCAAAGACUCAACAAAAUAAUUAAUCAUGACUUCUUUUUUUUUUUACAGAACAAACACAAAUGUCUAGUUAAAAGAGAGCACUUGUGGAAAAAUUCUUAAAAUGGUGACAUGAACACUACCUCUGUUCUUGCUGACUUCUAGUCUCGGUUUAUUUGUUGUUCUUUUUUAAAAAGGCUUUUCCCACAAUACUUACCCUUGUUUGAAGGUAUUUCCUUAACGUUAACUGUAAAGGCCUGGAGGAGUUUGGAGACAGAGGCUUUCCCGCCCCGAGUGAGCUGGCUGUGAAGUGAGGGAGUACCGAGCUGUGUUCGUGUUGACUCUGUGACCUGCUGGCGUUCGUCCGUCUUCGCUGCGUGACCGGGUGAAUCGUCAUAGUGUCCUGUUGGUGCCGGAGCGACACCCGGACUGUGUCGCUGGCGCAGGCUUACGCUCCCAUGAAGAGGCAUCGUGUUCUUUGGGUGUUUUUUGCUGUCGUUGUGGUUUGUAAUGUCCCAGUAACUAAUGACGAGCCUGGCCAGUAAGUGACCGUGGACCCUAGUGAAGCUUUGUGUGAUGCUGUGUCGGUGUCGUGGAUCCUGUGUUGGGGACCCUUCUGCAUUGGGCUGUUGGUGGCACCCCAUGCCGGCGAGACGGCCGAGGAGGGACAGCUCUGCUGGUGUCCCAUGCAUUUGAAAUUGCAGUAGGCAAUAGGCAAACGUGUGUCUUUUCUGAUCAGUGCUGUUGGUUUUGGUAGAACGGUUCCUGUGUCCUCGGUUUGCUGCUGCCUGGGAAGCUGUUGACAAAGUCCAAGGGGUUAUUUAUGCUGGGUGGCAGGAGCCUGGGUGGCCACAGAGCGGGAAGCCCGGGUGUACGUGUCCCAGCUCCUGCAGGGGUGACAGUGACAUAAAUCCUGCUCUCGGGGGGGGCACAUCCUUCGGGGCGAGCAGUCAAACAGAAAUACGGGCUCGCUCCAAAGCGAGAGGGAUGAUGAAGGUGUGGGGGAGAUCUCCUUUCGGAGGAAGGCAUGACCUGCAGGGAGGACAGCGGGGGCUGCCCGUGCUCUCCCUCGGCGAGGCGCCCGUGGUGCUGUGUGCUCCGCAGCGAUCGUGGCCGAGGACGCGUGGCCCUUCCCAUGCCAGAGGCUGGCUCUUGGGGACCGCUCACAGGCCGGUGUUACCGUGCGCUCCUCUUCUUGCUGCCCUGCGGUGGGUGGUGUUUGUAAGGCGGCAGUUCAGCCAUGCUAUGUGAAAUGCACGUUUUCUUAGGAUAUUCUGGGCAGCCGGCGAGGUCAGGAACUGCUCUGCGCGAGAUGCGCCGGUCGCGUCGGGAGGGAAGAGCUUGAGAAGCGCGUAGGGGACACGCUCCGAACCUUGGUGCCCCCCAGCUCCCAUCUGAAACCGGGCUGACUGUGCGUGCCGUUGGGGUGGUGUUUUGAAGCAGACUUGGGGGUCAGAACAGACCUUGGGGGUCAAAACAGACUUCUCGGGGGUCGGUGAUGGCAGAGGGAUGGAUUUGCUCGUUUAGCGACCAGGCUGUGGACGUGAGCUCUCACACACUUUAAGAUCUCUAUCGAAAGCCGUUCUUAAAAUUCCCCUCCUUGCGGUGGUGGGGGGGAGAGCAGGGCUGCAGGCAAUCCUUCUCAGAGUCUGUAUUAAUCAAAAAUCCACAGCCUUGAGAAAGGGAGACGCGUCUUUUACUGUCCUAAAUGCCCAGAGUUUACCUUUUUUCCUUAAGCGGAAGACCCCAUGUUUUUAUAUUGCCAGUGUGAGGAAUUGUAGGGACCGGCAAUCAGUAAAUAAAUAUCCCUUCUUCGGAGAGUCGUGACUUUGAUGUACGUUUUCAGCUGAAGGCACGUUUCCUGUUUCACCCAUGAAGGCUGGUUUCAAGCAAAAGCUGCUGCGUGAGGGGACCCUGCAAAACGGGCGCAAGCUUUUGCUUUUUAGGGCCGAGAAGGCGCCGGGUCGUGUUCGGGGUGGGACUGAAACACCCCCCACCCGCUGCCAGCGUACCACGGGUGCGCCCGCAAGUCCAGAUCGGCAAUAAAUUCCCUGUAUUUGUGUCAUCUUUCCUGUCCUCCUUUACACCCGCAUUGUGAUUUCUGAAGGGGGGGCAGGCGAUGGGGGCCCGGGGGAGGCCCCGGGGCUGUUUGAUGCCUGGCCGGAGCCUCUGCCCUCGCAGCGCCGCGCUCAGAUGCCGUCCCAGCGCAGUUCGAUCCGUUUGCACGGUUAUUUUUCUCCGCUUUAUGUUACACCGGCACCUUUCUCAGCGCUGCAGGCGCUUCCCAUCGCUGCCUGGCCAAGGGAAGACGUUGGAGUGCAGCGGCGGGGGGGGGGUCGGAUUUGAACGAAUUCAGAAAAAUUCCGUUAUCUGAUGCAAGCGAACGUACAUAUAUAUAUAUAUAUGUAUAUUUCCUUCCUCUUUUCUUGAGUGCCUGCCGAGCUCUGCUGCGUACAAACCCCCACUUUCCCGGGGUGUAGCGCGGCACCAACCGGGGCACGGGUAGGUAGGAGUCGGUCCCGAAGCCGCCGUGCGGGAGAAGCACCAGCGUGCCAUUUCCAAGGGUUUUGUAGCCAAACCUACGAUGCUUCGUUAAGAUUUGUUGCAUGAGACGGUAGAUGUGUUUGUCCUCUCCCCCCGUUAUUGUAAUUCUUUUACAAUUGAGUGCCUUAAUAAUAGUUUACAAAUACUGUGUAUUUACGCUGAGCUGUUAAACUCUGCUGUUUGCUUGUCCUUUUUUUUUUUUUUUCCUUUUUUUGGUGCUUUUGGUGUUUCCGGUGGCAGUGAGACCGUUGCUACUUCUGCAUAUCCACCUCCCGGCCCCGCGGAGCUCAGCGCUGUAACCACUUCCCUCCUGUCCCGGGUACGGCAAAACCAAAGGGCUGUGUUGAGCUGCCUUGAGCCGCCGCAGCCCCCGGCGCCCCCAUUUCUCUAUGCAUCGCUGCAGAAACACGUCCCCGGGGCUGGGGGUGUCCAGGGAGGCGUCCCCGUGGCCGGGUCCGAACUCAAACCCAGUCCCAUUCUGCCAGAAAACCCGAAACGCACAAAACUGGCACCUUAUUUUUCCAGUCCAGGCUUUGUCGGUCUGUGUGAUAGCAAUAGCCGUGUGUGUGUGUAUGUGUCCCGCUCCCCGGGUUGUCCUUCCCGUGGUGCGUGUGGCUGGGUCCUGUCCCUCUGUCCCCCCCCAGCCGUCGCCCGCUGUGCCCUGGGGAGCCGGCUCCCGCCCGGGCGGUGGAGCCCGUCCUGCUCAGAGCCCGAGCCCGGAGCCGGCGAGGAGAGGAGGGGUUGGGUGAGUAACGUGUAGCUGUUCAGUGUGUUGCUGUACUCUGUGAUAACGCCGUCCCUGUUAUUCCAUGGUAUUUCUUAAUUCUGGUUUUAUAUUUAAAUAUGCAGCAUCUUUUGUACUGUACGUUCGCGGUAGGGGACGCAUAAUGCACUUUUGGGUUUGUGUUUUUUUGUUGUUUUUUUUUUUUUUUUUUACUUUUGUUUGUAAAAAUGUACUGUAUAUUUUAUGUGCUUCUUGUGAGAAAAAAAAAAAUAAACUUUUUGGUUUUUGA